AUGUCAUCUUCGAUACAAAAUUUAAAUAAACCUAAAGACGCUUUUGAACAAUUAGAAGACGAAGAAGGUACACGUCAAGGCUUUUGCCAUAUUAGAAUUCAGCAACGUACUGGUCGAAAAACGAUUACAACUGUUCAAGGAAUUGCACCUGAAUAUGAUUUGAAAAAAAUUGUUCGCUAUUUGAAAAAGACGUGGUUUGUUCCUGAUGAGAUUUUUCAAAGUGUUGAAGUGGCAUAUUAUUCUGUCUAUGGUUAUGGACAUCUUUCUUGGGAAUGGUCUAGCGCAUUACGUUCUGUUCUUCAUCCAGCAUUUAUCGCUGCAAUAUUUUAUUUACUUCGUUUCCUUAAUCUUGAUACUAAUUACUUAGUUAUUAUUUUGCCCAGAUUGUUACAUUCUCUUAUUUUCGCACUCUCUGAUUAUUAUUUUUAUUUAUUUGCAAAGCGAAUAUUGCUAACUUUAUCGGCCGCUAAUUAUUCACUUUUCAGUCUUUUGUCUUCUUGGUUUGUUUGGUACUGUGCUUCAAGAACACUUUCAAAUUCACUUGAAACCGCUUUAACACUAAUCGCUCUUAAUUGGUAUCCAGUGAUGUCAGAAAACGCGGAUCACCUAGUAGUACUAAGGGAAUGGCCAUAUGUCUCAAUAGCUGUAUUAACUAUAAUAAUUCGUCCAACAGCAGUACUUUUGUGGAUACCAUUAGGUUUAUGGCGUACGCUUCAUUCUCGAUCACCGAUAAAGUUGAUUUUUUACACAUAUAUUCCUGCCGCUUUACCUGUGAUUCUCAUUACAUGUAUACUGGAUUCAUUCGCAUAUCAUAAAUUAACUUUUUCAACAUGGAACUUCGCAAAAUUUAAUGUUUUUGAUGGCGGAUGUGCUCAUUUUGGCGUCCAUCCAUGGCAUUGGUACUUGUCGCAAGGUCUCGUUUCAGUUAUUACCAUUCAUAUUCUGCCAAUUGUUGGAGGAAUUUAUUCGUCUAUUAAGCAUCGUUCUAUACAUUUUAUUUAUUUAUUGGUCCCAUUUUUUUACAUUUUUGUUCAUUCUUUACUCGCUCAUAAGGAACAUCGUUUCAUACUUCCCAUUAUACCUUUUCUCUGCAUUUAUUCUGGACAUUUUUUAGCCCAUACUCUUCGAAAAUUCGCUCUUACAAAAAGAAUUUUGAUUUUUUUAAUGCUUUUAGUUAAUGUACCAUUAGCUAUUUAUAUGGGUUUGUUUCAUCAAAUCGGACCUAAUUCGGCAUUGAAAUUUAUUCGAGAGCAUUCGUUUGUUCAUUUUGGUUCGCAGAAGGAUUUUAGUGUUUUGUACCUAAUGCCCUGUUAUUCAAUGCCAGAAUAUAGUCAUUUUCACAGGUUUAACGUUUCUGUUAUUUCACUUGAUUGCACUCCAAAUUUGAAAAAUCUUUCAUCCUAUAUCGAUGAGUCCGAUCGUUUUCAUUUGAAUCCUUUACUUUGGGUAAACACUAAUAAGCAGUUAGUAGUUUCUUCUCAUUAUCUUGUACUUUACGAAAAAGUUUUCAUGAAUCUGGAAGAAUUUUUCACGCAAAACAACUUUCAUGAAUAUAACUGUAAUGGAACGACAGUGGACCAUCCAGAAUAUGGGGAAGUAAUUCAAUUAACUGGCGAUCAGAGGCAGCAUAUCAAAGAUUUUCUUUGUCGAGUUGGUAUAGUUAAAGAAGAAAAUUGCAAAAUUCAUGGUUUUUAA